AUUGCUGGUGUUUCACCCUUGGUAAAACUAACCACGGUUAACACAGUCACUCGGAUCUUUGUUCCCGCUAUAUAAACCCAAACGGGAGCCCUCUCAGAGACCAGGAUUUGAAUUGGAGGGGAGGCGUCUUGAUAAACGCCAUUCUCAUUCUUUUCUUCGUUUCCUUUAUCAUUUUUUUUUUCUCGUUCGUUUUCUUCUUCUUUGUAUCUGAAAAUGAGAGAGUGCAUUUCGAUUCACAUCGGCCAGGCCGGUAUUCAGGUCGGCAAUGCGUGCUGGGAACUAUACUGCCUCGAGCAUGGCAUUCAGCCUGAUGGCCAGAUGCCAAGUGACAAGACCAUUGGAGGGGGAGAUGAUGCUUUUAACACCUUCUUCAGUGAAACUGGUGCUGGGAAGCAUGUUCCCCGUGCGGUUUUUGUUGAUCUUGAGCCCACUGUCAUUGAUGAAGUAAGGACUGGAACAUACCGCCAACUCUUUCACCCAGAACAGCUUAUCAGUGGCAAGGAAGAUGCAGCUAACAACUUUGCACGUGGCCAUUACACCAUUGGCAAGGAGAUUGUAGAUCUUUGCUUGGAUCGCAUCCGCAAGCUCGCUGACAACUGCACUGGUCUGCAAGGCUUCCUGGUUUUUAAUGCUGUGGGUGGGGGGACUGGUUCAGGUUUGGGCUCACUUCUACUAGAAAGACUGUCAGUGGACUAUGGCAAAAAAUCCAAGCUUGGCUUCACUGUCUAUCCCUCACCACAGGUUUCAACCUCUGUGGUGGAGCCCUACAACAGUGUCCUCUCUACGCACUCUCUCCUGGAACACACUGAUGUUGCUGUGCUUCUUGAUAACGAGGCCAUUUAUGAUAUUUGCAGGCGCUCACUUGAUAUUGAGCGCCCUACCUAUACCAACCUUAACCGCCUAGUUUCUCAGGUGAUUUCAUCCCUGACUGCCUCUCUAAGGUUUGAUGGUGCCCUAAACGUGGAUGUGACUGAAUUCCAGACUAACCUGGUUCCAUACCCCAGGAUCCACUUCAUGCUUUCAUCCUAUGCCCCUGUCAUAUCAGCUGAGAAGGCCUACCAUGAGCAGCUCUCUGUAGCAGAGAUCACUAAUAGUGCAUUUGAGCCUUCAUCCAUGAUGGCCAAGUGUGAUCCACGACAUGGCAAGUACAUGGCUUGCUGUUUGAUGUACAGAGGUGAUGUGGUCCCCAAGGAUGUCAAUGCAGCUGUGGCCACCAUCAAAACCAAGCGCACCAUCCAAUUUGUUGACUGGUGCCCGACUGGAUUCAAAUGUGGUAUCAACUACCAGCCCCCAACUGUUGUUCCGGGUGGUGAUCUUGCCAAAGUGCAAAGGGCUGUGUGCAUGAUUUCAAAUUCUACCAGUGUUGCAGAGGUAUUCUCACGCAUUGAUCACAAAUUUGAUCUCAUGUACGCAAAGAGGGCAUUUGUGCACUGGUAUGUUGGUGAGGGUAUGGAGGAAGGUGAGUUCUCUGAAGCCCGUGAGGAUCUUGCUGCCCUUGAGAAGGAUUAUGAGGAGGUAGGUGCGGAGUCGGCUGAGGGUGAAGAUGGUGACGAGGGAGACGAGUACUGAGACAAACCAUACUAUGUUUAAUGAGUUAAAUCAUCUUUCCAUCUGUUGCUGGUAUUUUGUGGUGUUACUGUGGUUUUUUGUCUUUCUUAUGUGGUUCUCUGGCUGUUGCCAUGGAUUGAUCUUGUACUAGGCUAUGUGAUGAUAUAUGAAUGCGGGUAUCUUUUUCCAAACGUACUGUCAAUUUCCUGGAAUUGAUCAUGAAUGUUUGUAGAACAUCGAAGUGCAUUUCCUCAGCCGAGGAAUUGAUAUUGUGAUUGAGAUUUAAGGGAGCUGAAAAGAGUUUAUAUAUCAAAAACGGUAAAAAGUGUUAUUUCCUGGG